UUUUUUUUUAAUCUUUGUGUAUGUCUCAUGUUUGAAAUGAAAUUACAAUGUUUUCAAAAUUAAAUUGUUUAUCAUGAAUGGUUUUAUACCAAAUACAUUGAAUCAUGCUGCUGUUGGUGUAGGUGGGCAAAUGUUGCCUCAACAUCAACAACAGCAACAGCAACAACAAGCUCCUGGUGGACCACCACAGCCACAGCCGGUUAUUAUUAUGAAUGGCGCCAUACCGAACCAACAUCAUCAUCAACAACAUCAUCAUCAACAACAACAACAUCAUCAAAAUCAUGUACAACAACCGAAUGGUUUUCAUCAUCAUCAUCAACAACAACAACAGCAUCCUGUAGUCCAUUAUGUACAGCAUCCAAAUCCACAACAUCAACAAGGUCAACCUCAAUUGAUAAUUCCAAAUGGAAAUGUGAUACAAUUGGCUCCAAGCCCGCCACCACCACCACAACCUGGUCAAAUGAUUGGCCAACAACAACAACAACAACAAGGCCAAAUUUAUGUACAAAGACAACCUAGAAUGAUGAUGGUUAAUGGUGGUGGUCCCAUGUUACCUAAUCAAUCACAACAACAGCAACGUAUGAUCCGUUUAACAACAAAUGGAACAUAUGCAACAACCGUACAGAUUACCGGUAAUGGUAAUAUUACCGGUAAUAAUAAUAUUAAUCGUAAUGGUUUAAGACAACAGCCAACAAUUGCAACAGCAUUAAUAUUAACAAAACAACCGCCACCAAAAUGUUUACUUUGUUGUCUAGCUUGUUGUGGUCUAGAAUCAUUAUGGUUUAAUCCUAAUUUCCAUUUUUCAAGAGUCAUCGCCCUCAUUUGUAAUAUUCUUGUCGAUUUAUUAAUGAUAUUAUGUUUAUUAUCAACAAAUUGGUUGACCACAUUGAAAUAUCGUCAAGGUCUUUGGCAAUAUUGUAUCGAUGUUGAUUCACCACGUCCAUUGCCAUUUGGCCUGGAUGAUCAUGAUGGUUGCCAUUGGGGACGUAAUGCUGCUUAUAUAAAAUUAUCCGGAUUUUUUGCCGUAGCAUGUUUCCUAUUGGCUAUAGUUGCAACAAUAUUGACUUCAUUUGGCCUAUCAUCUCGUGAUCCAAACAAAAAAUAUACAUUUUAUCGUUUUGCAUUAUAUAUUAAUCUUGGCGCUUUGUUAGCCAUAAUUGUUUCAUUAACAUUAUAUCCGGCCUUUUUCUAUUCCGAAUUACAUCAUACGAAUAUGGUGCCAUCAAAUCGUCCACAUUGGUAUUUCGGUUGGGCAUAUGGUGUUGGUUGGGGUGCGGCAAUAUUUUUAGUUGGCGCCAUUCUUUUAUUAGUAUGCGAUAAAGAAACGGAAGAAAUCUAUUAUCAAGAACGUACUAUCGUACAUGCUGGUAAUGGUGGUGGUGCCAAUAAUCAUCUACUACAACAUCAUCAUCAUCAUCAGCAAUUGACAAAUCAUCAUAAUAGUAGCCAUCAAUCGAUCAAAGCUUGA